AUGAUAUCAGACAUUUCUUAUUUCGAAGAUGACGACGAAAAGCUUAAGAAGAUAGAGCAAGACUACCGCAAAGGGGAUCUUUUGACGGGAGAGCUAAAGAAAAUGGCUAUCGCCCUUUUGCAGGAAUACGUUAUGGAGUUCCAAGAGCGAAGAAAAGCCGUUACAGACGAGGUGCUGAAUCAGUACAUGACACCUCGGAAGUUAGAGUGGGGCGGCAACCCCAACUCAACCGCAUCGUCCCAUAACAGUGCAAAGCCUACAGAAGCCGUGCGCGACAGCUAA